CUUGACUUUUGAAAGCCCAAGUAUCAAAUGAGGACAUUUCCAUCAAAAUCUAAUUAUAAAACGCUAAAACAAAAAGGUGAUUGAAACGCUUAAAAUUCAAUUUAGCGGUAAAAAGCGUUUGGGGCGGCGUGAUUGGAUAAGAAUUGAGACCGGCGUAAACAAGAUGGAGAGACGUAAACAGACAAAUGUGUUGAUCAUUUCACGAUGGAUUCACGACAAGGCCAUCCCGAACCUGAUUCCGAAUCUCCUCCGGUUCCUCGCUCUCCGAAGCUGAAGGCUAGCUCCAAACUGAACCGAUGGUCCAUGGCCCGAGCUUUACGCUCCGGCGUCAAGAUCAUCGACCGUCCGAUCAACGCACCUCACCGUCAAGCAACGACGGAGGAGGCUGAUAGGAAGACGUCUGCGAUCGACGGAGAUGACGUGGCGGCGGGAAAGUCUAUAUAUUUGGUCUCCGACGGGACAGGGUGGACGGCGGAGCACUCCGUGAACGCCGCGUUGGGGCAAUUCGAAGAUCGACUGGUCAAUCGCGGAUGUUCCGUCAACACCCAUCUCUUCUCUUGGGUGGAGGAUGAGGAGAAGCUGUUAGAGAUUAUAAAUCAGGCGGCGAAGCAAAAGGCAAUGUGUUUCUACACUUUAGCCAAUCCUUCUAUGUCCAAAUCCGCUAAAGAAGCUUGUGAUCAGUUGGGAGUGCUUUCCGUUGAUAUAUUGGGACCGAUCAUCGAAGGGAUUGCGUCUCACUUGGGUGUUUCUCCGUCAGGUCUCACCCGUGGAGCGCCCGGGAGGGUCAAGACUCUCAACGAUGCUUAUUUCAAAAGAAUCGAAGCCAUUGAGUUUACCAUCAAGCAAGACGAUGGGACUUUGCCCGAGAACUUAGGCAAGGCUGACAUCAUUCUUGUCGGUGUUUCCCGGACCGGAAAGACGCCGCUGUCCACUUACAUUGCUCAAAAGGGUUACAAGGUCGCGAAUGUGCCGUUUGUGAUGGGUGUGGAACCGCCCAAGACGCUGUUCGAGGUUGAACCGAGGAAAGUUUUCGCGUUGACGAUUCAACUUGUUGUGCUGCAAGCGAUUAGGAGAACAAGGGCUAAAACGUUAGGCGUGGAUACAGAAGGAGAGAACAGAUACUCUGGCUUUGAUCUUGUUCGGAAAGAACUUGAUUUCGCAUCAAAGAUCUAUGCAAAAAACCCUGGAUGGGCGGUAAUAGAUGUGACGAAUAAAGCGAUAGAAGAAACCGCAGCUGUGAUUCUGCGGCUGUACCAUGACAGUAGCGACAGUAGUACUUCUGUACCUUGUAUAUCAAAACGCUUCUAAGCGUAACAGUUUGCUAGAGUUUUCAUAAAACUGCAACUUGUAUGUGUUAAGUUGACCUUGUUGGAUUCCUUCACGAAUUUUUCUAUAGCUAAUAGUAAUACUGUCUACGUCGUCA